AGCCCAGCUUCUUGUGGUCCAUGAAAGCGGUGAUGGCCUCCAACGGGAAGGUCUGCAGGCAGCGGCCGCAGCCAGGACAAUGCAGACUCCGCUGACCAUUCCCGUGCCUGUGCUCCGGCUCCCCCGGGGUCCUGAUGGCUGGAGCCGAGGCUUUGCCCCCGGCGGACGCAGGGCCCCCCUGAAGCCAGAGGUUCCUGGAACCCCGGAGUCUCCCAUGGUUCAAGAAUCUCAGGAAUCCCAGGAACAGCGGGCCCGAGCAGCCCUUCGGGAACGCUACCUCCGCAGCCUGCUGGCCAUGGUGGGCCGCCCUGUGAGCUUCACAUUGCACGAGGGCGUGCACGUGACUGCUUACUUUGGGGCCACCGACCUGGACGUGGCCAACUUCUACGUUUCGCAGCUGCAGACUCCGAUAGGUGUGCAGGCCGAGGCGCUGCUCCGCUGUAGUGACAUCAUUGCAUACACCUUCAAGCCGUAAAGACACUAUGAUGUUCUGCCUGAGGCCUGGCCACAGGAUCCCGGCCCUCCGAAUGUUCCUGAGCCCAGAACUCUGGGCCCCAUAGAGUUCGGAACUCCUUGGUUAUUUUGAGCCAAGCUCCAAGCAACUCCGGCUCCUUGGAACCUCCAGGGUCUAGUCAGUAAAAUUCUGCACCAGGAGUUCCAGAUCGUGUUGAAAGGAAAGCUCUACCUCGCAGAACUCUAAGCUCGACAGAAAUAUGGGCCUCCUGCCAGUUCCUGAAGAGUGGGGCGGGGGAGAGGGGAAUAAGGCAAGGCAAAUCGCAGAGUGGUUAACUGUUGAUUAAAGAAGUUGCAAAGUUCAGACACCCUGAAGAUACUCCUCAAUACUCCCCUCCUGCCCAAGAACCAAUUUUCCUAGGAAAA